CUCAACAAAGAUAUGAGUGUGCAAGUGUGGUUGUCUCCUCAAGCUAUCCACUUCUCUCUCGAUCGCAGCACGAACCUACUGCGCUUCACUCGUAGUGUGUGUGUGCUAGUCGUGUGUCGCACAACCUUCGUUCCAAGAACCAAAGAUUCCAGUUCGCAACCAAAGUUCUUCAUCCCGGCCCCAGCCAAUUCAAUCGAUCCAUGGAGGGGAGCAGCAAUAGCCCGGACCCGGACAGGCAGUCGUCGGGCGGCAGCCCGGAGGAGCGCAGCAGCGGCAGCGGGGGCCGGGGGACCGGGGAGCCGGUGCGGUCGCGGUGGACGCCGAAGCCGGAGCAGAUACUGAUCCUCGAGUCCAUCUUCAACAGCGGCAUGGUCAACCCGCCCAAGGACGAGACCGUCCGCAUCCGCAAGCUGCUAGAGCGCUUCGGCGCCGUCGGCGACGCCAACGUCUUCUACUGGUUCCAGAACCGCCGCUCCCGCUCGCGCCGCCGCCAGCGCCAGAUGCAGGCCGCCGCCGCGGCAGCGGCAGCAGCCGCCUCCUCUGCGGCCAACAGCUCUCCCGUGACAAGCGCCAGCGUCGGCCUUCCGUCCGGCGCCGUCCAUCCCUUGGCCAUGGUCGGGAGCGCCUGCCAGUAUGAGCAGCAGGCGAGCUCCUCCUCGUCGUCGGGAAGCACCGGAGGCUCGUCGUUGGGGCUGCUCGCCCUCGGCGCGGGGGUGCCCGGCACCGGCGGUGGGUACUUCCAGGCGUCGUGCGGCGCUUCGUCGCCGCUGGCGUCCGGGCUGAUGGGGGACGUGGACAGCAGCGGCGGCAGCGACGAUCUCUUCGCCAUCUCGCGGCAGAUGGGGUUCGUGGAGAGCCCCAUCGCCUCGUCCUCGGUUGCGCCGAACAUCACCGCGCACCAGCAGCAGUAUUACUCAUGCCAAUUGCCUGCAGCGACGAUCACGGUGUUCAUCAAUGGAGUCUCAAUGGAGGUUCCGAGGGGUCCAAUAGACUUGCGAGCCAUGUUCGGCCAGGAUGUGAUGCUCGUCCACUCUACCGGGGCUCUCCUCCCAGUCAACGACUAUGGAAUUCUAACGCAGAGCCUGCUAAUGGGUGAAAGCUAUUUCUUGGUCACAAGGCCAACUUAGAACUACCCAUAGCUAGAUUACACGAGUCUCCACUCAUCAAUAGUCAAUACUCACAUUGGAUCAGAUGGGAUGCAGUUCAAUCAUGGAAGGAUGCUUGCAUGCAAAUGAUAUAUCCAUCGUCCAUCGAGAAGAGAGAAGCUAAGCUAGCACCAGCAAGCAAUAUAUUUAUGUAUUGCACCAUCAAGAAGUACUUAUAGGCCCUUAAAAUUUACGAAAGCGUGGGCGGUCGAGUUGCUCAAUUAGAUUACAAAUUACAAUAUGCUUCUCCCAUCAUUUUCAUUACAAGGAUAUGCGUGUGCAUAUGCAUGCAUCCCCUGACAGUCGAGCUCUAUAUCCUUUUGAGCUAGACAGAUGCACGUUUGUAAUGGUUUAUAUAUAAUGGUGACAUAAUGCUAUAUAUGUCAGCCAAACGCGCUUGCAAUGUUAGUCCUUGAUCUAAGGCCAAAUAAAAUAUAUUCCUUGUAGCUUGAUAUGCGGAACAAUAUUUGAGUUGAGGAGGGCCGAAACUUUUAAUAAUUCCAGCAAAUUGU